CCUUGAUGAUGUUGUGUUUAGAGAUGACAAUGAAUGGUAUGAUUCUUUUUUGACCAUAUCCUCCCAACAACACAAAAGUAAUUUUCUAUCUGAAUGUUCCUCGAAAUCUUCACUAGAAUUUUAUGAAUCAAUCAAACAAACCCCAUUUCUGGAGAAUUACCUUACUUCAAGUAAUGAUUUUGUUGGACAGAGAUUGAAGUUCAAAGCCAGAACUGGGUGUUUAGGUAUUGGAACUGACCUCAAAAGAAGAAAAUGCGAUGAUGGUUUUUGCAAACUUUGUUCCCUUCAUCCAAUUGAUGAUUUAACACACAGAUUUUUUACAUGUAGUCACAACCAACGUGAAAGGAUUGAUUUUUACAACAGAAUUAAAACCUCAUGCUCCCCUGAUGUAUUUAAUAUGUUCUUAACGCUUCCUUUAAAUGAAAAAUUAAAGUGGUGCCUAGGAGAUGUUGUUUUUAGUAUUUGGGGCAAAGACCAAGGAUUCUUGUUUGACAAGUGUGUCAAACAAUUUUUAGUGACUAUUAAUAACGAUAUUUUAAACUCAUAACAUAUGUACAAUUUAACAUAUUUAUUUUAUCUAUCUGUAUUGUAUUGUAUUUUAUGAAUAUGUAUUUAUUCUAUGUACUGCCGCACUGGAAUUUUCCAUUGUGCCACUGAUUAAAAAGUGUUUGGCAAAUAAAUAAAUAAAUAAAUAAAA